AUGGCCACGCUAGAAGAGGCGGCCUCAGCCGAGACGGCGGCAGUUCUAAAGGUUGAAGAACAGUUAGAAAAAGAUGAUCAAGAAGAAUGGGAAUACGAGUAUUCUGCUACUGAAACCGAGACCUACUACUUGACACUCGAUCUCUCAUAUCCCGAAUUCAAAGACAGACAACCACGGACACCGCACCAUAGUCGAGGCGGAUAUUAUAAGACCUGGCUCGACCACAACCCUAGUUGGAGAGGUCUUCGCGCUGCAGAGGAUAAUGAGGAUGACAACGACAACGAUAACGAGCCCUUACCAGAACCAGAGGCUGACGAUGACGAACCCGAAAUUGACCCAGCCUUGAGCAACGAUAAAGGCAAAGGAGUUGAUCGUGGCGAUGUAGCGGACGACUCAAAGGAGAAUGGGAACAAGGCCCGCCACGAACCUGAGGAUAUUCAGAUUUUGGAACUACAUUCGCCGCACCCGAUCAUAUCAUACAAAGGUCGAACUUUUGAGGGCUCAUGGGCCGAGGUUGUUGGCACCGAAGGCAUCUUUACAUCACGCGAUAGCGAGAACCCCCUUCCUGCUCUGCGGCGCCUAGAUGGAAACGUUGACUUUCUGGGCGCUUCUGCCUCGAGAAUUGCGACCAAGGAGACUAUUGGCAAACCCAACAUUAUUCGGGAGGAUCCCCUAGCCGCCAUCAGAGAGGAAUGGAACAUUCGCAUUCCCGUCGGAAAGGACAGGUCGGGCGAGAGAGCUCAGCAGACGCGAUUCUUGGAAAAUUUGAUGGCGCUCAAGAAGAGGAAGGGCGAGACAGAUCAGGUCACUGUGUGGGCAAAAGAUGGCGAAGGACAAGACUUCAAGGACAACCGAGACCCUGAAUACAAACCUAGGCGGAGGAGGAGAUUGCUGAACGAAGAUGGAGAGGAAGUCAUUCCCAAACGCGAGAGGCGGCGUGGAAGUGGACGCAGGGGUGGGCGGCCGAGACUUCGAGCCGGCCAGGGUCGUGGUCGCGGAUUAGAGGCCGGUUCGACGACCUGGACGCCAUCUGCAGCAAGAGAUCCAGAGGGUUCCUAUCCUGAAGGCAACUUGUCGACUCCUACCCCAAGCAGGUGGAAUGAUCUACAUGGAGGGGAAUACGACGAGAUGGAUCAGUAUGAUGAGAGCGAGACUGACGAUGAUGACGACGAAGACAUGUCAAAUGCAGACUGA